UAAGAAUAAUCCACAUUUGUCACCAUACGAUCUAUAUAGCCAACUUUAUACUACACUACUUCUGCCUCUCUAUUUCUUUCUCCCAAUAUCUUCAAUUUUACCUCGUUGUUACGAUAUUUUGUCACAAAGUUCCCUGCUUUAAUCAAGACUAUACCAGACCAGAGGAUGGCUGAUGCCUUUGUGUCAUUUGCAGUUCAAAAGCUGGGUGAUUUCCUCAUACAGGAAGUAAACCUGCGUUUAGGUCUAAGAGAGGAUGUGCAGUGGCUGCGAAAUGAGCUUCUCUUCAUGCAGUCUUUCAUCAAACAUGCAGAAGAAAAUCCAAGUCGAGAUCAAAGAGUUCAACAAUGGGUGUUUGAAAUCAACUCUGUUGCUAAUGACGCUGUCGCUAUACUCGAGACUUACAGCUUCGGGGCUAGUGAUGUCGAUGGAUUUGCUAGUCGUCUGAAGGCUUGCACUUGCAUAUGUACGAAGGAGACCAAAUUCUACAAAGUAGGCAAGGAGAUCCAAUCACUCAAGCAACGUAUCAUGGACAUCUCUCGAAAACGAGAGACUUAUGGUAUUACAGAUAUCAAUAAUGCGCCAACUCGGCCAAACAACCAGUCUGCAAUGGUUAGAACAUUGAGGAGAACUACCUCUUAUGUGGAUGAUCAGGAUCGGCUUUUUGUUGGCUUUCGGGAGGUCGUUGAAAUAUUGCUUGCUGAACUUCUCAAAGAAGAACCUCGCCGAAGCGUCAUCUCCAUUUUUGGUAUGGGCGGAUUAGGCAAGACCACUCUUGCGAGAAACCUCUACACCAAUCCCAAUAUAGUCUCUAGCUUCCCAACACGUGCUUGGAUAUGUGUUUCUCAAGAGUACAAUACCAUGGAUCUUCUUAGGAAUAUCAUAAAAUCUAUCCAAAGACGCACCAAGGAGAAUAUAGAUUUGUUGGAAAAGAUGACAGAGACAGAUCUAGAAAGUUACCUUCGUGAUCUAUUGAAAGAAGACAAAUACCUUGUGGUGGUUGAUGAUGUAUGGCGUAGAGAAGCAUGGGAAAGUUUAAAAAGAGCAUUUCCAGAUAGCAAGAGUGGAAGCAGAGUGAUUAUUACCACGCGCAAGGAGGAUGUCGCUGAAAGAGCAGAUAACAAAGGUUUUGUCCAUAAACUCCGGUAUCUUAGCCAAGAAGAGAGUUGGGACCUAUUUUGCAAGAAACUACUUGAUGUUCAGGCAAUGGUCUCAGCAAUGGAGAGGUUAGCUAAGGAUAUGGUGGACAAGUGUGGAGGCUUACCUCUUGCAAUUGUUGUAUUAAGCGGACUACUUUCACACAAAAAGGGGCUAGAAGAAUGGAAAAAGGUGAAGACACAGCUCUGGCAGAACAUUAAAGAUGACUCACUUGAAAUCUCCUUCUUACUAUCAUUGAGCUACAAUGAUUUGCCAACUGCGCUCAAGCAAUGUUUUCUUUCCUUUGGUAUGUUUCCAGAAGACUAUGUGAUCUAUGCGGAAAACAUAAUUUGGAUGUGGAUGGCCGAGGGCUUCAUACCAAGAGGAGAAGAAAGAAUGGAGGAUGUCGGUGAAGGCUUCUUGAAUGAGUUGAUAAGACUGAGCUUGAUACAAUCAGUAAGUACAUUUUGGGAAAACAUUCAUGAAUGUAGGAUUCAUGAUUUACUUCGGGAUCUUGCCGUGCAAAAGGCAUUGGAGGUGAGCUUCUUUGACAUUUAUGAUCCAAGAAAGCAUUCCAUAUCUUCCUUAUGUCUCAGACAUGCCGUUCAUGAUCAAGUAGAAAGGUACCUCUCACUUGAUCUUUCUAACUUGAAGGUUAGGUCAAUAAUGUUUUUCGAUCUAGAUUUUUGUAAGUUGGGUCUUAUAAACUUUCGUAAUGGUUUCCAACAUACAUAUGUGUUGCACUUGGGGAUUCGUUCUAACAGUUCUACAUCUAUAUUACCUGAUUCCAUAGGAUGUUUAUACCACCUCAAGUUCUUAAGAUUGAAAGGUAUCCAUGAACUUCCCUCCUCUAUUGGCAACCUCAAGAAUUUACAGACAAUUCGUGUCUUGAAUAAUUUCGGACGCUUAUGCCAACUACCUCCAGAGACAGCUGACCUAAUAAAUCUAAGACAUUUAGAAGCUUCAUAUUCAAAACCAUUGAAACAUAUAAGUAAACUCACAGGUCUUCAAGUUAUUAAUGGCAUUUGUUGUGAUCAGUGGAAAGAUGUUGAUCCUGUUGAUUUAGUCAAUCUUCAAGAUUUACGUAUGUAUGGUAUUAUGAAAUCUUACUCCCUAAAUAACAUUAGCAGCUUGAAAAACCUUAUCAUUCUCAGAUUGUUUUGUAAAGAUGAUGAAUCAUUCCCGGCCCUUGAAUUUCUUAAUUCUUUUCAAAAGCUCCAGAAAUUGUGGUUAAAUGGGAGAAUAGAGAAACUGCCUCUGUCAAAUCCAUUUCCAAAUUCCAUCACAAUGAUGAUCCUUUCUCACUCAGAACUCAUGGGAGAUCCGAUGCCUAUUUUGGGAAUGUUGCCGAACCUAAGGAAUCUUGAUUUAUUGAGAGCUUAUGAAGGAAAAGAAAUAACCUGUAGUGGUAACGACUUCUGUCAACUGGAGUUCCUUCAUCUUGAAAGUCUUGAGAACCUAGAAAGGUGGAACUUAGCGACAAAUGCCAUGCCUCUGAUUAAAGGUCUUGGUAUUCAUAACUGUCCAAAGCUAAGGGAGAUUCCCGAGAGAAUGAAAGAGGUGGAGAGGUUGGCGAGAACUCGUAUUGGAUAAAGCUUUUCAAGCAUAUAUGACGUUCUAUUUCGGUCUCUUUUAUAAUAGCAGAGGUAAAUAACAAGUAAUCUCAAUACACUUUGACCAUUUCUUUAAUCACUUUUACUCGCUCUGUUGUAGUUUUAUUUAACUUUGUUGAAUACUCAAGAUUAGUUAAAAUAUCUGCAUUUCAUACUCCUUGUACCUUAUUUUCAAUGAAACCUGCUUUUCCUGAGGAAUAAAUAUGCCUUCAGUUACCAAGUCAAUGCACAGAAACCACAUAUGCUCGUGGUGUUGUUACUUUGUGUAUUUCCAUUAUGUGUUUCGGGGAAGCCAAGAAGUGUAUGCAAUUGUAUUAUAUGUUAGAGUAUGCAAACAUAAAUAUUUUGAUUG